AUGAGCGAACAAAGCGAUAAUGUGUCGGAGAUGGAGAGCGACCCGUUUUUGCUGCAUGAGACGCUCACACCGCUGUGGCAUCAAUUCUCUUUCUCGCGUCAGCAAGGCCCACUGCCGACUCUGGCGGAUCACCCGUCGGGCCUUCGUCUCUGGCGGCCGGCGGCGAGGGGCAGCCGCAACAGCGCCGCAGGGUUUGCGCCCCCCGGCUCACGCGCUGCUUUCGACGCCAGCGCCAGUUUUCCCGCUGGUCUUCUCCCUGUUUUUGGGGCGCUGCAACUGGCGAGAAACGGGUACGAGGAGGACAGUAAGCCGCAGCAGCGCCACCGUUCCCUGUCGUCGACUUCGUCGGCAAGCCAUGCAACUGCAUUUGACGGCACGCGGCCGCUGGUGAGGCUGUUUCGCUGCUCCCGUACCACGGCGACGAUGAGUUUAUCGGACGAGUACCGCACAACCCCAACCAGACAACUCCGAAAGUGCAAUUCCCAUUUGCGUUUGGUGCGCUUCCCGGCCAGGAAGAAUCUACCACAGACUCGACGACGCGCCGCCGCAACGAUCAUUCGGUGGUGGCGCUCAAAGGGGGUUCGUGUGGAGGAGCGCCGUCUUUUUGCUUCGAGGCUCAUUCAAAGAGUGGGGCGCGGAUAUUUGAUGCGGAAACGUCUGAAGUUCCGGGUGGAAGUGGCAAGGGACCGCGCUUCAUCGUUGGCCCGAAGUGUGCGCUUGUGCGCCAGCAUCUCAACGCGGCUGCACAAAUUAGCGGCCGCAAGCGCCACUCGAGUUCCUGCGGACGGACUCGGUUUUUCGGUGUACGACGGCCGUGGCCUAUCCGACUCCAAAAAAAGAGCCUCAGCGAGGUUUUACAGUGCCGCGCCGGGCCAAGUGGCGAAGGCUAACGCCUCCAUGCGCGCCUUCGGCAAAGGGGUUCGUGGGGUGCACCUGGUGAAUUUUGGCUUUAGCAACAGCCCCGACGCCUCCACAGCGGACGCUAGUGCGGGCGCAAGGAGCGUCGGUGCUUUUGACGGGAGUAAUUUCUCAGUGUCCACUCACGUCAAUGAAAAUGCUGAGCCAAAGCAGUCCCCACUCCAUUCCCAUCGCGAGGGUAUACAUGCUUUGUCUCUGUCCCACCUGGUGUUGCCUAACAACGCGAAUAGGGUGGAGGAAGCACGGCCGCAAAGCGAAGCGUUCUGUUGCAUGUUCAACAGCCGUGUUUCGCUGGAACCUCUCUCCAUUAAAGUUGUGCGUGCAUCGUCCUCCAUUGAUCACGCCGAGUUGGGGCCGUGGAACCCUGCGUCUGCAAAACGAAGUACCAUUGAACGUGUUCGCCCCGACGCGUCUUUGAUGUAA